CCAAUAAAAGCCACACUACCUCUUGUAGCACGUACAACAGCAACCGUAACUUCCUCACCCCCAUCUACCACAAAUACCCCUGCAGCAACGACUACUACAGCUGCCUUAGUUAGUACGGCUAGCCGUUCAGGAAGGGUCGGGGAUGGAACUGCAUCUACAGCAAUGAUUUCAUCUGGCAACAUCACCAGUCUUGCAACAAUUAGUAUCACAAGUAGUCAUACCCUCACAACCACCACCACUAGUCCUGACCAAAACAGUACAAUUAGCAGCAUUACCACUCAUAUUCCUGAAGACCAUAACAGUACAAUUAGCAGCAUUACUACUCAUAUUCCUGAAGAACAUAACUCUACAAUUAGCAACAUUACUACUCAUAUUCCUGAAGACCAUAACAGUACAAUUAGCAACAUUACUACUCAUAUUCCUGAAGAACAUAACUCUACAAUUAGCAACAUUACUACUCAUAUUCCUGAAGACCAAAACACUACAACUAGCAACAUUACCACUCAUAUUCCUGAAGAACAUAACUCUACAAUUAGCAACAUUACCACUCAUAUUCCUGAAGACCAAAACACUACAACUAGCAACAUUACCACUCAUAUUCCUGAAGAACAUAACUCUACAAUUAGCAACAUUACCACUCAUAUUCCUGAAGACCAUAACAAUACAAUUAGCAGUAUUACCACUCAUAUUCCUGAAGAACAUAACACUACAAUUAGCAACAUAACCACCCCUGCUCCUGAAGACCACAACAUUACAAUUAGCAACAUAACCAGCCCUAGUCCUGGGGACCAUAACAUAGCAAUUAGCAACGUAAGCACCCAUAUUCCUGGAGACCAUAACCAUACAAUUAGCAACACAACCACCCCUAUUACCCCUAAAAAUCCUCCCCAGACCAGUAGCACGACAGUCUUCCGUAAAACCUCUCCAUUAACAACUACCUCGGGCCAAUCUAACCCCCCAGUUGCCCCUACUGAGAGAGCAACAAGCAGGCAUCAGGCUGCCACGGGCCAAACGACCAGUCAUAAGAACACAGAGAAUACGGAGGCGACACAUAAGACCACAGAGAAUGCUGCAGCUGUAGUUGCUGUGGGCGGAGAGGGAGUCCCAGAAUGGGGGAUCACUCUAUUGAUACUGGCUGCCCUGACCUUGUUAAUCCUCCUUAUUCUCCUAAUACUGCUGCUAGUGUGGUUGUGCUGUCGGCAGAGAUAUGGAAGUUUCAGCCCAUAUAACCAGAUCAACCACGGGGCAGACAUCCAAAUGUACUCCACACACAGCCGCUUCGAAGUGCCCAAUGGCAAGCCUAAUGACGAAAUGGGGGGACCAUCGAAAAACCGAACAGGGAUGUAUGUGGUGAACGAGUACUGACACACAGAAGCUCCAGUCAAUUGGGUAGGAAGACCAUCUGAAAUGGCCUUAUGAAGUAAUAUGCACGGGAGCAAUGACAAUUCUGUACAAAUGGUCCAAUUAUCUCUGAAGUAUCUGAAUGAAGAUCAUGGCGUUGGCUUACUGAUUGUAAUUUCAACCUGUAAUAUUCAAAUCAAAUCACAUUUAUUUAUGAAGCCCUUUUUACAUCAGCUGAUGUCACAAAGUGCUAUACAGAAACCCAGCCUAAAACCCCAAACAGCAAGCAAUGCAGAUGUUCUAAUGUUAUUUUAUUCCUAAUGUUUUUACCAGUGGAGGCUGCUGAGGGGAGGACAGCUCAUAAUAAUAGCCGGAAUGGAGUCAAUGGAAUGGUAUCAAAGACAUCAAACACGUGGUUUCCAUGUGGUUGUUACCAUUCCAUUGACUCCAUUUGUAUUUCGUAUUAUUCUGUACGUAAAUCCGAGGCACUCCAUUUAGUAUAUGUUACUCCUCCCCGACCAACCUCCCUACUUUAGUUUCUGUUUAAAGUAACCAGGCCAUUGAAAGGUAUCAUAUGUCUUGACGUGCUCCGAAAUACAUCAAUUAUGUUUCUAAUAGCUCUGAGGCCAGGCUGGCCAUUUUGGCUUCCUUGUGGUAAUGGGUUGAGUUAUAUUUUCCGUCUUUACUGAAGGCAAGCUUAACCUUUGUAAAAAAGAAAGCUGAUCCUAGAUCAGUAAAUGGGGUCAAAAUAUGUAUCCUGCAAUUAACAUUUAAGAAGAAUGAGUAAGGGUGCCACUAAGGACAAUACCCUAUCAGGUACAGUUAACAAGAAGUUAAUUGUUUUCAAAGACUGUAAAUCAAACCUUUUUACUUGGGCUGAGAGAUCCAGAUCUAAUUCCAUUCCGCAUGUAAGACAUGUUUUGAGAUAGGAAACUAGCAUGCCAAGAAGUUAACUAUUCCACAAACCCAACCCAGUGAGUAAAACACCAAUGUUAUGUAUAUUUGACAAUCUGAUUAAAUACAUCCACCAUUAUUAAAAAAAUCUGUGAGAUGUAACUAUCUGUAAACAUUUGAAGUCACCGUGCAUUGGAGCUUUAAACUUUGCAUGAAAAAAAUCCAAAUAAUUUUGGGAUUAAAUAUUGUAAAUAAUAAAUCAAGUUUGUUAGAUUGUUAUGGGCAGAAGUGGUUUGGAUGCAUUCAUGGUUUGUAAAAGAGUUGGAUGAUUCUGUUCAUCAGGGGAACUGAAGCUAGGGCAGAACAGACAUGCCUCUGUUUGUAUCUAAGCCUGCCCUCAUCCCCUGGCUUUUCUUUCUUUUAUUCUUUGUGUGAAAGGAACAAGUAAAUAGAUAUCUAGAUAACGUGCUUUACAGUUAGGCUGGGUGUGGCGGUGUGAUAAAGAAUAAGGUACUGUAUUAAAUUACGAAAUUAGUCAGACUCCAUAAAAUGUAUUUACUCAAACUUUGUCCAUUAUAUGCAAGUCAGCGUGUAUUAAAAGGGCAACACCUCUUUCUGCUAUUUUGGCCAAUGGGCUAGGUUUAACAUAAAAAGUUGACAUAUGGGUGUCCUGGUAACAGAUACAUAACAUUCAUGAUAAUCAGCUACCAAGUGACAUUGAGAAUUGAAGACUUACAUUUUUCAAGGUGUGCAGUACAAACCGCAUUCUUAUCCAAAAUGCAUGAGGUGUAUGUCCCUUCCUCUCCAUAUCCCCUAACUGUAUAUAUGUAUUAGAUAUGCCUUUCUACAGUUGCAUUGUAUAUUUUUCCAGGGAAACGUCACAGUGGUUGCUGUUAGUAAUACUGUUCAGCAGGAAGAUCAAUCAAUCAGAGAUAAACUUUCAACCAAAACAAAUAAGAUCACAAAAUCAGACAAGUGACACACUAUGAAGAUAAGACAAUCUAGAAAAUAUAACAUACAGUAAUAUCAUGACAUCACCAAUACAGACAAUACACUGGCAAGGAAAUGUGGCAUCAAGACUUGAUUAUACCUUGAAUGCCCUGCCACAUACUUGCCCACUGGAAUGCCCAGUGCCCACUGCUAUUGGCACAGAGGGUGUGGUGCUCCUAAUACUGACAACAGGUCCGAUUACCUCUGCAUGGUAAAAGCCAGGACAGUUCGGGAAAAAUGGGAUAGUUCAGAAUCUGAUGAAGAUUAUGCUCCCAACUCUUUCCAUCUAAAUGUUAUUCCUAGUGACAUUAAAAUGUAAUGACUUAUGAUGAAUUGGAGAAAACAAAAAACCUUCCCAUUUUUUUACUGUGAAUUCUGACUGGUUGAUGUUGUGAAUUGUGUCCCUAAUUUAACGCACCAAUUGUAGUCACUUAGUUAAUUAGUUACUGUAGAAAACUGUUAUAAAACUUCUUUACAUUUCAUUACUACACCCCACC